GAUCUAUGUCCAUGUAGUAUAUAAGAAAGUACUGUCCAUGAAAAUGUUCCUCAUCGGUCCUCAACAACUGUCUUGGCUUUCACAAUGUUCCGCUCUGCAGCUCUUAUCUCCUUCACUUUCCUCGCCGUUGCGUAUGGCCAACAAGCCGGAACACUAACGACGGAAACUCAUCCGCCUCUUACCUGGCAGCAAUGUACGGCCUCUGGUAGUUGCACCACUCAAAAUUCCGCGGUCGUGCUUGAUGCCAACUGGCGCUGGCUUCAUGACGUCAACUCGGCGACUAACUGUUACACCGGAAAUACCUGGGAUGCAACACUCUGUCCUGAUCCGACUACUUGCGCUGCGAAUUGCGCUCUUGAUGGUGGAGAUUACUCUGGCACUUACGGUGUCACUACCAGCGGAAGUGCUCUCACUCUCAAGUUUGUCACUCAGUCUGCUCAAAAGAACGUCGGUUCUCGCCUCUACCUAAUGGCCCCCGGAAGCACCACCGAGUACCAACAGUUCAAACUUGUCAACCAGGAGUUCACAUUCGACGUUGACGUCUCUCAGCUUCCUUGCGGUCUCAACGGUGCAGUCUAUUUCUCCCAAAUGGACGCAGAUGGUGGUGUGUCCCGUUUCCCGACCAACAAGGCUGGAGCCAAUUUCGGAACUGGAUACUGCGACUCUCAGUGCCCCCAUGACAUCAAAUUCAUUGAUGGACUGGCUAACAUUGACGACUGGACUCCCGCUAGUAACAGUCCCAACACAGGAACUGGAUCAACGGGAAGCUGUUGUGCGGAGAUGGAUAUCUGGGAAGCCAAUUCCAUCAGUGCAGCUGUCACCCCUCAUCCUUGCACGGUCACUGAACAGACCUCUUGCACUGGUACCACCUGCUCUUCUCCCAACUCUACCGCCGGAGUUUGUGAUCAGGCUGGAUGCGACUUCAACUCUUACCGUCUUGGAGACACCACUUUCUACGGGCCAGGAAUGACUGUCGACACCACGAAGCCCUUCACCGUUGUUACCCAAUUCGUCUCCUCCAACAACGAGACCACCGGUACACUUUCUGCAAUUCGUCGUCUGUAUGUUCAAAAUGGCGUCGUCAUCCAAAACUCUGAAACAAACAUUCCUGGAAUCACUACCACCAACGAGAUCACUGCUGACUUUUGUGAAGAGCAAAAGACCGCUUUUGGCGAUACCGAUACCUUUGACCAAAAGGGUGGACUUACCGGAAUGGGAACCUCUUUGGCUGACGGCAUGACCUUGGUCCUUAGUAUCUGGGACGAUUACGCUGUGAACAUGCUGUGGUUAGACAGCACCUACCCCACCGAUGGUACCUCUCCCGGAGACUUCCGUGGUUCUUGCGCAACGAGCUCUGGUGUCCCAGCAACUGUCGAGGCCCAAUCCCCCAAUGCCCAAGUCAUCUACUCCAACAUUAAGGUCGGUCCCAUUGGUUCCACGUUUAGUUCUACGGGUUCUACGGGAACUGGAACGGGAACUGGGAGCGGGUCCUCCAGUACUUCCUCUGCUACAUCCACUAGCAGCGCUCCUGGCGCUACACAAUCUGUAUACGGUCAAUGUGGCGGUACCGGGUACAGUGGGCCAACAAUAUGCGCGUCUGGUUCUACUUGCACAGAGUCUAGCGUCUAUUACAGCCAAUGUUUGCCUUGAGUCAUUUCAUGUAAUACCCGAAGCGGGCAUUUUAUGAGGUGUUAAUAAAGGGUCGAUCAAUACAAGGAUAAAUAUUUUCCGUGUAAUACUACAAAAUACCCAAUUGAAAUGCGUUUUGACUUCCA